AUGUGGAAAUCUGUAGUGGGACAUGAUGUAUCUGUUUCUUUGGAGACCCAGAGUGAUGAUUGGGACACAGACCCUGACUUUGUGAAUGACAUUUCUGAGAAGGAGCAACGGUGGGGAGCCAAGACCAUCGAGGGCUCUGGACGCACAGAACAUAUCAACAUCCACCAGCUCAGGAACAAAGUGUCAGAGGAGCACAAUGUUCUCAAGAAGAAAGAGAUGGAAUCAGGGCCCAAAGCAUCCCAUGGCUACGGAGGGCGGUUUGGAGUGGAAAGAGAUCGAAUGGAUAAGAGUGCUGUGGGCCAUGAAUAUGUUGCUGAGGUGGAGAAACACUCUUCUCAGACCGAUGCUACCAAAGGCUUUGGUGGCAAAUACGGAGUUGAGAGGGACAGGGCAGACAAGUCAGCAGUUGGCUUUGAUUAUAAAGGAGAAGUGGAGAAACAUGCAUCUCAGAAAGAUUACUCUUGUGGCUUUGGUGGCCGUUAUGGGGUGGAGAAGGAUAAACAGGACAAGGCUGCACUGGGAUAUGACUACAAGGGAGAGACGGAGAAACACGAGUCCCAGAGAGAUUAUGCCAAGGGCUUUGGUGGACAGUAUGGAAUCCAGAAGGACCGAGUGGAUAAGGCAACUGGGCUUGGAAAGGCAGUGGUAAAGAUGAGCCACAAGGCUCAGCAGCCGGCAGUGACUGUGGAAGAGCCAGUGGUGCCUGCCCCACUGCCCAAGAAAGUCUCCUCAGAGGCCUGGCCUCCAGCAGAGAGUCAUCCAUCAUCAGAGCCCGAGCCAGUGAGAACCUGCAGGGAACACCCAGUGCCCUCCCUGCCCACAAGGCAGAAUCCCCAGGAGGAUCAUGAGGAGCCCCCAGCGCUGCCUCCUAGGACUCUGGAAGGCCUCCAGCUGGAGGAGGAGCCAGUGUAUGAAGCAGAGCCUGAGCCUGAGCCUGAGCCUGAGAAUGACUAUGAGGAUGUUGGGGAGAUGGACAGGCAUGAGCAGGAUGAUGAGCAAGAGGGGGACUAUGAGGAUGUGCUCGAGCCUGAGGAUUCCUCCUGGCCCUCUGCUGUGACGGGAUCUUCAGGCUGCCCAGUUGGGGCUGGGGCCAUGGGAAUCUCAGCUGUAGCCCUGUAUGAUUACCAAGGAGAGGGAAGUGAUGAGCUUUCCUUUGAUCCAGAGGACAUCAUCACUGACAUUGAGAUGGUGGACGAGGGCUGGUGGCGGGGACGUUGCCGUGGCCACUUCGGACUCUUCCCAGCAAAUUAUGUCAAGCUCGUACAGUGACUGGUCCUCACGUCUACUGCAGCUGUGACUUCCCAGGUCCAAAGUGGCUUUGCUCCACCGCCUCCCGAUUCCUGCUCCAACAGGAUACUCAGGUUGCCUGAGGUUCUGGACAGACUUCCCUCUCCUACUUCAUUAAGUGCUUGGGGCAGUCAGCAUGAGGAAGGGGCUCUUCUUCCUCUCAGUGUCCUCUCUAACCUGUAUGAACUCAUGGACAUUAUCUUGUGGUCGCGCCUCCUUCUGCAUGAGUGCCCUCCCAACACACACCCUAAGCUCUGCUGUCCUUCCUUGUGAGCUCUGGGCUUCCCAGGUUUGCUUACCUGGCAAGGUAUGUCUAGAUUGCCUGGUUUGCUUGGUUGUGCUAUUUGUCCACCUUCCUCCCCUGCAGAGAUAUCUCUGAACCUUCUCUCUGCUCAGUCCUAAAAUUGGAAAUAAAGUUGGACUAUGGUUCAGCAUUUAUGAACUGCUA